CAUUUGCAUUGCGUUUUCUGCUUUUUCUGCGGAAUCUGCUCGCGUAUAAGUGAUGAAAAUAUAACACUAAAAAAAUCUUGGUAAGCUCUUGAGGCGAUGGCAAAAUAGAUAAAUUCGACAGCUCUGCUCGCGUCACGUUGCGUCGCGUCGCGCUGCUCUGCUCGGUUCGGCUUCGCGUUCGGUUCCCCUCGGAGCAAAAGCAAAAGCAGAGGCAGCGCCAGAGCCAAAGGCAAUCUUAUCGCUGGAGAAGCCUGCCAGAAGCCCACACCAGCACUAGAACCAGCACACCCCCAAGUAGCAUAUUGAUGUGGAUGUCGAUGCGACGAUGUUAAUACUAUGGUGAUGGUGAUGGUGAUGAUGAUGGCUUCUCUUCGCCUGGUAGCCUGGUAGCCACCACUGCCGUUCGCAGGGAGGCUAUGCGAAGUGGCGCUGCCCGUGUCGCUGCUGCUGCUGCCGAAGGCUGAGUGGUGAAAAUUAAUAUUGAUUCCGAUUUCAUAUUUUGCAACAGCAAAAGCAGCCGCACCAUUUGUAUUCAAAAGCGGAGAACAUAAAUCUUCCGAAAAAUAAUCAAAGUGAAGAACGAAGAGGGAGAAGAAACGUAAAAUUCAACGACGGGGGGAAAAAUCUUCAAAGAGGGGGGACACGGGAGAGGAGGAGUCUGCUCCACAUUCGCCCUUGAAGAUGACGGACUUUGUGGAGCUGCUCAACAGCAUGUCCAGUACUUUUAACAGCGACUGCGCCACCAGCACUGCGGAGGGGGGCACGCUGCUCAACCUGGACCUCGCCGAAGACAAGACGCUCAAGUGGCGCAAUCUGGCCAACAAUCAGUUUGCCUGCAAGGACAAAGAGAAGAAGCAGAGCCGCGCCUGCGAGGAGGUGCAAGCGGAGGCGGGGAAGGCAGAGCCGGACGCGGAAGCGGAGGAGCAAGCCAAGCAGAAGUGUAGCCCUGAGGAGGAGACACUGUCCAAGGAGAAGAAAGGAGCAGCGGAACUGGUUCCGACAGAGGAUAUUGAGGAAAACAUCAAGGAACUGCUGGCGGACGUGGUUGAUGCCGCAGCCGUGAAGCUGGAGGAGGAAGAAGCUGCAGCGGCAACGGCUGCAGCAGCGGCAACACCUGAAGACCGCCUGCAGAAGGAAUCAAAAGUGUCAGCAGUGCAGGAUGAGCCAGCUAAAGAAGAGAAGGAAGAGACAGCAGUAGAAGGACAGAAGGCGUCAGAAACCGAAACAGCGGCAGAGACACAAGCAGAGGCAGAGACAGAAGCUGCAGCAGAAGCAGCAGCAGGUAAACCUGAAGAAGAGGAGAAACAGAUACCCAACACAGCUCCCGCCAAAGCAGCUUCGUCAGCCGAGUGCGACGACGUCGGCGACGAGCGCAAUGCCGAAGUGAAAUGCAUCGACGACGAACGCAUUGCCGAAGAGAAAUGCAUCGGGAAUGCAAACGCUGGUGGGGAGGCGUCAGCUGCAGGGCAGGCACCGCCCGCCAAUGGCAGCGAUGACAACGCUGCAGCCACAACAGAAGAGGCAACAAGCAGUGGGGUGGCCGACGUCAGCCCAAUUACGGUAAAAGUGGAAAGGGAGCCAGGAAGCACGGCGAACACGGAUACGCAAGGCAUCAAGACUGAGGAGGCAAAGGAGAGGGAUCAUCUUCUGCCAGAGCGGCGGGCAAAAGCGACACCAAAGCAGAAGGAACUCGAAGAAUCAUCAGGAGCAGCGGCAGCCGAAGCUGCAGCAGAAUCCCCAUCACAAACAGAAGCUUCGGUUACAGAUACAGCCACAGCAUCAUCUCCGAUUCCGACUCCGGUUCCGGCUCCGGCUCCACUUGUUGUCAAUUCUGCCAGCAUUAGCGUUGACGUCGACUGCUGCGCUGACGCAACAGAUUCGAAUUUGAUGAAUGCUGCCACUGCUGGCAGCAACAGCAGCAGCAGCAGCGACCAGGCGGCAGAAGCAGCAGCAGAACCACCAGCAGCCGCAGCGAGUGCUGAUAAAAAUGAACAAAUUUCACCUGGCAGUGCGCGGCGCUCGCGUCGCACACCUCGACCCACGGAUAGCCACAUCCCCAGCAACAGCAGCAGCAGCAGCAGCACACCCACUGCCAGUGCCACUGCCACUGCGGCAACCCCUGCAAUCCCUGACGAGCCACAGGCUGAGCCAGUGGCGGAGGAAGAUGCUGCGCCGAAUGUCCAGGAGCUCAGCUCAGCUCUGGAGGAGAGCAGCGAGGUGAGCAAUGUGAAGAAGGAGCCGGAGAAGCCACCACAAAUGGAGGAUGCCACCUCCGGGAGCGGCGUGACCAGUACCAGAUCCCCGCCAGCACCCAAGCGGGGACGCGGUCGUGCAAAGAAGAUCAAAACAGAUGCCGAGUCGGAUGCGGCUCCAGCUGCAGUCAGCGAGACGCCGCCACUCAUGGAGGAGCCAGUCGUCGAGCGGAAGGCGCCUGGCCGCAAGCGAAGGCUGCCCGAGGAGCAGCAGGAUCAGCCGCUGGCCGAGCUAGUGGCAGUGAAGACGGAGCAGGAGGAGGCAGGGGAAACGGCUGCUCCCAGCGCUGAUGCCAAGCGGAUGCGACGCAGUGUCCGCCUGGGCAAUCGCCAUCCAGCGGACGGUCCCGCCUGGGACGAGGUCAAGACAGAGGCGCUGCCCGCGACGUCCGAAAUGCUGCUGCCAGAGCUGGUCGGCAUUGCGGGUGGCGCCGCCGCCGCUGCAGCUGCUGCCGUGCUGGACGAGAAGACGCCGCCGAAAAAGCGCGGACGGAAGGCCAAGAUACCGCCGGUAGCCAAAACGGAACCCCACACCUCAGCAUCGGCAUCGGGAAGCGGCAACUCCAGUACGUCUCUGCCCCUGAUAAAUGGGAACAAACGGACCGUGCAGACGGCCCAUGGGGGAGGCAUGGGAAUGGCUUCUAGCGAUGUUCAGCUGCCAAAGCGCUCCAAGCGACGGAUCAAGCCUACGCCGAAAAUCCUCGAAAAUGAUGAGCUGCGCUGUGAGUUCGAGACGAAGCACAUCGAGCGCAUGACCCACUGGGAGACGGCAGCUGAGGGUGACUCCCAUUUCGAGACGCCGCAGCCGUCCGGUAGCGGAGGAGGAGGAGGCGGUGGCGGCGGAUCCAAUUCCUCCACGUCGCGUCAGAAGAGCGACAAGUCGGAUGGCAGCGGAUUCGAUGGGGGACAGCAUCCGGCCGGGACGAGUGCCAUCAAGAAGCGUCUCUUCUCCAAGUCCCUGCGCGACAUUGAGAACUCGGGAGCGGCCCUGCUGGCCAAGAGCCGCGUGAAGCCCAGCCCGGAUGUCGAUCAGUUCCUCUGCGACAUCAAGGCAGCCCGACUGACCGCUAACCGCUCACCGGAGGAGCGCAAACUGAACAAGAAGCAGCAGCGAAAGCUGGCCAAGCAGAAGGAGAAGCAUCUGAAGCAUCUCGGCCUGAAGCGCAACAACAGCGAGGAGGCCUCCGACAACGAUAGCUCCAACACGGACAACGAGUUUGUGCCCACCACCCGUGUGCAGGUGGGCAAGCCGAGUGUCACUUUGCGUCUCCGCAAUGCCGCCGCCAAGGAGCAACAGCCCACGACCUCAGCAGCAGCAGCAGCUGCAGCAGCGGCAGCAGCGGCAGCAGCCGCAGCGGUGGCUCCUUCAUUGAAAUCACAGCAUCCACCCCAGGCCCCAGCGAAGUUGACACGCCGCGUGGCCGUUCGUGGAGGAGCUGCAGCUGGAGCUGGAGAGGGACAGUCACAGGCAGCAGGAAGAUCGGCAGCGCUGGAUGCUGAACAGCUUCACUCAUUGAACAGAUCCAUUCUGGCAGAUGUGCCGGCCGGAUCCUUGGACGAUGCUGGUGCCGAUGGCAUUCCCACAACCUCCAAGCUGGCACAGGCCAAGUGCCUCUGCCUGUGCCAGAAGAGCUCUCAGUACUAUGCGCGAAAUGCACCGGACUCCUCCUACUGCUGUGCCAUUGACAAUGUGGACGAGCAGAAGAUCGGUUGCUGCAACGAGCUGCCGGCCGAGGUGCACAACCUGCUACGUCCCAGCCAGCGGGUGGGCUACAUGAUCCUCUGUGAUGAGCACAAGAAGCGCCUUCAUGCCCACAACUGCUGCGCCGGCUGCGGCAUCUUCUGCACGCAGGGAAAGUUUGUGCUGUGCAAGCAGCAGCAUUUCUUUCAUCCGGACUGCGCUCAGCGCUUCAUCCUCAACAGUCCCUACGAUGACCAGCAGCGGCAGCAGCAGCAGCCGGGCGGAUCGGCAUCAGGGUCUGCCGGCAGCAAGUUCAGCAGCCCCAUGUUGGUGUUGAAGUGCCCGCACUGCGGGUUGGACACGCCCGAGCGCACCUCCACGGUGACCAUGAAGUGCCAGACUCUGCCCGUCUUUCUGGCCACCCAAAAGUACAAGAUCAAACCGGCCAAGCUGACAACCUCCUCGCAUUUGGCGCAGUUUGCGGGCCCCGGCAAGGUGCCCAAUGCCAGCGCCAAGCCCAAGGGCAGGGCAUCAGCAUCCUCCAGCUCUGGAUCCAAAGCGAACGGAACGCCGCGCGGCGCAAAGGGAGCCAGCUCGGGGAGCCAAAGUCAAACCAUCAAUUUCGAGCAGCUGAUACCCGACUCGGUGAUGAAUGUGGUGCUGCGUGGACACGUUGUAUCGGCCAGCGGUCGCGUGACCACAGAGUUCACCUCCCGCGACAUGUACUAUGCGGUGCAGAACGAUGAUCUGGAGCGUGUGGCCGAGAUUCUAGCUGCGGACUUUAAUGUGCUAACACCGAUACGGGAGUUCUUGAAUGGCACCUGCCUGCAUCUGGUGGCCCACUCGGGCACCCUACAGAUGGCCUACCUGCUGCUCUGCAAGGGCGCCAGCUCCCAGGACUUUGUCAACAUUGUCGACAGCGAACUGCGAACGGCCCUGAUGUGUGCGGUGAUGAACGAGAAGUGCGACAUGCUCAAUCUCUUCCUGCAAUGCGGUGCCGAUGUUGCCAUCAAGGGGCCCGAUGGCAAGACGAGUCUACAUAUUGCUGCCAAGCUGGGCAGCGUGGAGGCCACGCAGCUGAUCGUGGACAGCUACAAGGCCUCGCGGAACAUUACCAACUUUCUGAGCUUCAUCGAUGCACAGGACGAGGGCGGCUGGACGGCCAUGGUCUGGGCCGCCGAGCUCGGACACACGGACAUUGUGAGUUUGCUGCUGAACCAAGGAGCUGAUCCGAAUAUCUGCGACAACGACAACAACACGGUGCUGCAUUGGUCAACGCUGCACAAUAAUGGCCUGGACACGAUCACGGUGCUGCUGCAGGCAGGUGCCGACUGCAAUGUCCAGAAUGUGGAGGGCGAUACACCGCUCCAUAUUGCCUGUCGUCAUUCGGUGACCCGAAUGUGCAUCGCCCUCAUUGCCAAUGGAGCUGACUUGAUGGUGAAGAACAAGGCCGAGCAGCUGCCCUUCGAUUGCAUACCCAACGAGGAGUCAGAGUGCGGCCGCACGGUUGGCUUCAACAUGCAAAUGCGCAGCUUUCGACCCUUGGGCCUGCGCACCCUGGUCGUGUGUGCGGACGCCUCGAACGGACGGGAGGCGCGGCCCAUUCAGGCGGUGCGCAAUGAGCUGACAAUGUCGGAGAACGAGGAUGAGGCGGACACGCUGAUGUGGCCCGACUUUCGGUACAUCACCAACUGCAUCAUUCAGCAGAAUUCUGUGCAGAUCGAUCGUCGCGUCUCCCAGAUGCGCAUCUGCUCCUGCCUGGACAGCUGCAGCAGCGAUCAGUGCCAGUGCAAUGGCGCCUCCUCGCAGAACUGGUACACGGCCGAGAGUCGCCUCACCUCCGACUUCAACUACGACGAUCCGGCGGUGAUCUUUGAGUGCAAUGAUGUCUGCGGCUGCAAUCAGUUGUCGUGCAAGAAUCGCGUGGUACAGAACGGCACGAGAACGCCGCUGCAGAUCGUCGAGUGUGAGGAUCCGGCCAAAGGCUGGGGCGUGCGUGCACUGGCCAAUGUCCCUAAAGGCACCUUUGUGGCAUGCUACACGGGGGAGAUACUGACCGCCCCGGAGGCAGAUCGCCGCACCGACGACAGCUACUACUUCGACCUGGGCCAUGGGCACUGCAUCGAUGCCAAUUACUAUGGCAACGUGACCCGCUUCUUCAAUCACUCCUGCGAGCCCAAUGUGCUGGCCGUGCGCGUCUUUUACGAGCAUCAGGACUAUCGCUUCCCCAAGAUUGCCUUCUUCGCGUGCCGCGACAUCGAUGCCGGCGAAGAGAUCUGCUACGACUACGGUGAGAAGUUCUGGCGGACAGAGCAUCGCUCAACACUGGGCUGCAAGUGCCUGACUGAGUCCUGCAAGUAUGCCAGUCAAUCCACCAGCACAAAUGCCUCGCCCACAGAGGCGACAACUGCAGAGGCAGCAGCUGCGGAGUCAGCCGAACCAGAUACGGUUUAGACUUGGCAACUCAUCGACAAGCACACCCACCAAGCCAGACAUUGGACCAGACAUCACACGCAGCUCCAAGCAGCAGCCACAACAAGAGAUCCGCCAUACACAUUUAGCUAUAAUUAUAGAUCCAGCAGUGACCCAUGCCGCUCACUGAUAUAGAUGCUAUAUGUACAUACAUAUAUAUAUGUAGAAACCAUUACCAAUCGCAUCAUGAAUCGAAAUGAGAGGCAGCCCGAACCAGCGUCGACCUUUCGCGGGUGCCUCUUCGACUGCCAAAUGUUUCAUGAUUAACGCAUUUUAAUUCAUUCUUUUUUUUUGUACAUGUAAAAUGUUUGUUAAUUAUUAUUUUUGUUUGUUUUCAUUAUUAUUGCAUGUUUUCGAUCGCUGCAGCCUGGCCCAGCCCCUGUGUCCAUUUUUCCCAUCUGCGGUGUCUGCGCGUUGCUAGUUUUAGGGACUGGAGUGUAUCGAAGCGCGUCUAGUCAUAAGAAAGUGGGAGAGCGAGAGAGAUUGUAUACUCAACAGUUACAGUGCGUUUCAUAUAGCUAAUCAUUAGUAUAAAUCCAAGACCCCCCCACCCCUGCCCAAGACGUACAGCUGUGAACCGCAUUUUACGUACUCGCGAUAGACACACACACACACACACACCCCCACGUGAAUGUAACAAUAACAAUAAUCAGAAAAACAGCUAAAGCGGGAAUCCCAUGAGAGAAGAACCAUUUUUUUGAACAUAUGAAAAUUUGCAUUGCAACAAGAGCAGAAAUAUAUGUAUGUAUGUAUGUGUACGUGUAGCCGAUAAGCAGAAUGAAUCAAAAAGAAAAAAAGUAACUUUAUACCAACAUAUUACAUAUGCAUAUGUAUGCAUGUACAUACAUAUAUUGCAGUCUAUACAUACAUACAUACAUAUGUAUGUACAUAGCAGGUUAAAGUACUGAUAGUCGUUAACAGAAGAAGAAGAAAACAAAAAGAAAUACACAAGUGAUGAUUGUAUUCAGCCAUACUCGCACACACACACACACACACUAACAGAUUCGAUCUGGGUUAACUGGUUUCGUGAGCGAGAUACUCCCCCCUGCAUCACACCCCCACCACACAACAUUCCUAGGCCAUUUCCCGUACAUAUCCAUAAAAACAAAACUUUGGACAAUUUGUAUUUUUUUAGGAGUUUUCUGUUAGCCAAGUUUGCCACAAGUGCCUCAAGGAAAAGAUACCCCCUGCCCCAAAUCUAGCCCUACCCUCUCCUCCUGCAGGUUAUACAGGUUUUAUAUCAAUCGACCAAUAUCACAAAAGUGCAAUGCAUAUUGUGCGUGUGGACUGUGCAAAGUGUGGAAAGGAAUCAUUUAAUUUUAGUUUUGUGUCACAUCACCCCACCGCUCGGCAAAUUUGCGCGUCUAACGGAUCCACGUGCAAACACACACACACACACAUAAAGAGUAGUUGAUAGAUUAGGAAAUUGAUUGUGUGUGUACUGUACUGUUACACACACACAUACUACACACAUGUUUGUGUAUGUAUGCAUGUGUAACUUGUAUGGACAUUAGGAAUGCGUAGUCUAAACUGUAAGUUAUGAGUACUCCAGGAUUAUCCAUGUCGCCCCACCCCCACCCACGCCCACACAUAACACCCAACUCCAAUUCCCAGUCCCGCCAUAAGGUCGGAGUGCAAAAAGAGAACUUCUAUGGCGUUCGCCACUCCGACCGCUUGACUGGGGAGGGGAUUACUAGACUACUAGACGUGUAUUUUUGUGUAACAAUCAAAUAUAUAAGCAAAGAUUUGGAUGUAUGUAUGUACAAUAUCUAUCCAGAGAUCACUAUAGCAUAACUCACAAAUUUUCAAUUGUUAUCGAACGCAGAAUUUCUGUCACAGAAAUCUGCGACUCAUUUGUUUUGUUUUUUUCUUGGUUUUAUUUUUUAAUGUAGAUUACGAUUAAGCUGCGACACGACACUCUGAUGCAGUGGAAUGUUCUUUCCAGAGAGAGGCAUUUUAUUAACCAUUUGACGCACCUAAACAUUUAUGUUUGAAGCAAUUUGCUGAUUCGCUGACUUAUGAAAGAAAAUCCCUAGCAGGCAGAGGCACAUUUCGUUUGCAAUCAAUCACGUUACUGUUAAGCAUAAGAAAUUAAAUAAUUCAAAUAAAUAAUUAUAC